CUUACCCUGGAAGUCUGUGAGACUAGUUGCGAGGCCAGCUUUACAGUAAAACCCCUCUUAGCAGUAGAUUUAUUAGGGCUUCUCUAUAGCGAUAAUUCCGUCGAUUUUACUCUCACACAACCGCCGGAAGAUGCUGCUGAAGAUGAAGAUAUCGAUGUAUCUGAUAAAGAGGAUCUCGCGAUGCCCUCAUUGCCGCCCUGCCUACCUGACGACCAGUCGCCCUUUCUAUCAGCACCGUUAACGCCAUGCCCGCUUCAACACCACGCCCAAUUUCGCGAUGCCCUUAUAAAUCUCAUUAAAGAAGAAAGAGCUGCUACAGAAGCCAGUCACAGAAUUCAGAAAGAACAGGAAACUCCCUAA